AUGUCUUCCAAGGCCCCCGAAAAGGAAAAAGACAAGGACAAGUCCAAGGUGCACCGGCUGUCGCUCAAGGGAAGCGCAAAGCUCGUUGCCGAGUUUUUUCAAUACUCCAUUCAUACCAUUCUUUUCCAACGAGGCGUCUACCCGGCCGAAGACUUCACCACCGUCAAGAAGUAUGGUCUAAACAUGCUCGUCUCCGCCGAUGACCAGGUCCGCGCAUACAUCAAGAAGAUCAUGUCUCAGCUGGACAAGUGGAUGGUGGGCGGCAAGAUCUCCAAGCUGGUCAUUGUCAUUACCGACAAGGACACGGGCGAGCACGUCGAGAGGUGGCAGUUUGACGUACAAAUAUUCUCCAAAGCCGCCCAAUCCAAGACCAAAUACCAAGCCGCUUCCUCUACCACCGACGACAACCAAAAUCAAUCUCCCAACGAAAACGCGGCCACUUCCACCACCGCCUCAACUCCCGCACCUCCACUCGACAAGACCGAAGCCGAGAUCCAAGCCGAGAUCGCCGCCAUCUUCCGCCAGAUUACGGCAUCCGUCACUUUCCUGCCCCAGCUCAGCGGCGACUGCACCUUCAACGUGCUGGUCUACGCCGACGCCGACAGCGACGUGCCUGUCGAGUGGGGCGACAGCGACGCCAAGGAGAUUGUUAACGGCGAGCGCGUACAGCUAAGGGGGUUCAGCACGACGAACCACCGGGUUGAUACGCUAGUUAGCUAUCGCCUGGCGGAUUAAGGGGAGUUUGAGUGCCUGAUGAGGGACAGUAACGAAUAAUGUGUAUUUUGGCGUUUUGAACUUGGAGUGGGAUAUGGAUGGAUGGGUAGGUAUUUGCACAUAUCGCUUUUACAUAUGGAUUGGCACUUUGCUGGCGUGGGCGUUUUUGCGGAUAGGCGUUGGAGGGAUGCAGGGUACGAUAUCAGGGAUUAAUUCACUGUUGUUCACU